UAACUUUAGAAAAAAAAAAAAAAAAAAAAAAAGAAAACAGAGGAUAACUGAUCAGAGGAUUUGUGCUCCACCCUGGUACAAGAUUUCCAAUUCUAACACAGUUUGCACAUUUAUGAGCUGAUCAAGGAGAAUGACAAAUUUUAAUCAAAGGAUAGCUACAUAAAUAGCUCUUGAUAUCAUGAAUGACAACAAUCUUCAUUGUUAUCACCCACAGCUGCCACAUUUAGCUUUCUCUUUCACUCCAAAUUAAAGGUAGCUCUCCUACAGAUCCAACAGAAACCAACUAUACAACAAUCAUUCAUGACUGCCACUCUCUUCUCUCUCUUCCUCCUCUCCUUCCUCCUCCACCCGCUUCCCUCCACAGCCAACAUUCAUAAGGCCAACAGCCUCCUCAAAUCAAACUUCCUUACUGAACCCUCCUCCACUCUUCCUUCCAAACCCCACAAUGAGACCCCACCAACUGUUUUCUUUGAAGUAACUAAACCUAUCAAUGUUCCCAAGGUUAAAUCUUGUGCUUACACUGUUCUCCAGCAUGAUUUUGGCUCUACCUAUGGCAAAUCUCCAGUUCUUGCAAACUACACCCCUCCCUCUCAUUGCCCAUCUCAUCACUUCUCCAAAAUUGUCCUUGAAUGGAAUGCAACUUGUAAAGGAAGGCAAUUUGAUCGCAUUUUUGGGGUUUGGUUAGGCGGUGUAGAGCUUCUCAGAAGCUGCACUGCGGAGCCAAGAGCAACUGGAAUUUUUUGGUCUGUGCAGAAGGACAUAACAAGGUACUAUUCGUUGCUUGUUAAGAAUGAGACUCAAGAACUUGCUGUUUAUAUUGGUAAUAUUGUUGAUAGUACCUAUACUGGGGUUUACCAUGUGAAUAUAACUCUUCAUUUUUAUCCUGCUGAAGAGAGAGUGAGAUAUAAUGGGGAUGGCUUAAAUAAUAUGAAAGGUGCACAUGUUUCUAAGCCUGAUUUGAUCUUACCCUUUUCGAGAAAUCUGCCAUUAAAUGAUGGGUUGUGGUUUGAAAUUGAGAAUUCGACUGCUACGCAAUCUAAGGAAUUUGAGAUUCCUCAAAAUGUGUACAGAGCUGUACUAGAGGUUUAUGUUUCUUUUCAUGAGAAUGAUGAAUUUUGGUAUUCAAAUUAUCCCAACGAGUAUAUCAUUGCGAAUAAUCUUACCGGUAGCCCUGGAAAUGGUCCUUUUAGGGAGGUUGUGGUUAGUCUUGAUGGAGAGAUUGUUGGUGCAAUAUGGCCUUUUACUGUAAUUUAUACGGGUGGGAUCAAUCCUCUCCUGUGGAGACCCAUUACUGGCAUCGGUUCAUUCAAUCUCCCUUCUUAUGAUAUUGAAAUAACACCACUUUUAGGGAGUUUACUGGAUGGAAAGACCCAUGAGUUAGGUUUUAGCGUCACCAAUGCUUUGAAUGUUUGGUACAUUGAUGCAAAUUUGCAUCUUUGGUUGGACCACAAGAGCACAAAAAUUAAAGGGAAGGUUUCGACACAUGGGAGUAAGCCUCUUGUUUUUUCUUCGGUGUCCAAUUUCAAUGAUUUGGAUGGAACAUUCUUAUCAACUGCAGGGAGGUUCAUAUCCUCAAAAGGAUGGGUGAAGACCUCCUUUGGUAAGAUCUCUUGCCGUUUUAGUCAACAUCUCAGUUACAACAACUCAAUGGAGAUGGGUGAGGAUGGGAAUUUGCAGGUUAUGAAUCAGAAAAUUAAUUUUAAUGACACUGUUUCUUUCAGAAAUCUCAACUCUUCUGUUCAUUUAUUCAGAUCAGUAAAAGACUUCAGUUUUGACUUGUACUCUAACUUUUCUGAUCAAGGAAAUGGCAAUUCCUUUUAUGAAUCAAACCUUAAACUGGGAUUCAAUGAGAAGAAAUUAAAAGAUGCUGGUUUUGGAUUUGGGACCAGCUCUCUAAAAAAUCUGCAGAGUGGGCAGGGGUUUAUCGUUGUAAAGAACAACUUGGUAGUCAGUGGACUGGGAAGUACACAGCAGGCCUACAAAUAUGAUGAUGGUAAGUUUUGCUACUUCAGGAAUGUAAGCAGCUCAAACUACACCAUUAUUAGUGACUUGGUGAGAAAUAAAUGCAAUAAAAAUGAACAGUCUCACCUUGGUUUCGGGUUGAGUAGAAGGUGGCAAUUUCCUACUCGAAGGGGUGCUCUAGCAUCUGAGUUACUGAAUAACAAUGUAGUUUAAUGAUUUGGCUCGAUUCUUUCUUGAUAGCUUCAAUGUAGGAAUUCAUCUUAAUAGCUGCUCUAGAGGUUUCUGAUAUAUGGGUAAUCUGCAAACCAAAUAAAAGUGCAGUCUCUAUUUCUUUUGAAGACAACUUUGUGUAUAUUCUUUGUCUCUUUUCUCUCAAUGAUCUGCUUUCAAAUGGACUGGAUUUUUCUUGAGUAUGAAUGGGGCCGAAAAUUUCCUUCUUGUUUCAGCAUACAUUUCCCCCAAACAUGUGGAAAUUUAAUGGAGGUUUUGGCGUAAAGCUGAACUUCACAAAUAAUUUAACGUAGUAACCCGUGUUUCAGUUUAAAGCAACUGAUUAUUGUCUGAACUGAAGCCAUUAGGCACUGUAACGAUAGAAUUUGGAUAGUUCUCCUAGGCAAUUCUUGGUGUUCUUCGGAGCAUGAUCUUUAUAAAUGCAACUGACGUUGUUAAUAUGCAGAAAAAUUUGACUGCUCUAUACUUCUGCCAAUG